AGGAGAGGGGGGCUUCCGGGAGAGGGCGCCGGUGUGGCGUGGUUGGAUGGGGAGCUGAAAGCGGGCAGGAGGAGGGGCGGCGCGACGCUUCAGAUGCGGAGUCUUAGAUGGUGCUCUCUCUUUAAACGGCCUGCAGAAACCGCGCGCUCUACCAUACUUGAGGAGCAAACUUGGGCGGGACCCGCGCCUUCCGAACUGUGGCAGCGGCUGCGGCCCCUUCGUGCUCCCGGCGCUCGCCCCCUCUCGAAGCCUCCCCUCUCGGCGUCAUUGUUGCUCCGUCGCUCACUCGCUCUUUUUUUCCCCCUGCUCCAGUGCCGAUGCUCCUGCGCCGCCGAGAGCCCGCAGUCGGACGGCUGCGCUCGCGGCUCCGCACCCGCUCCACUCCCUUCCCAGCCCGUAACCCUCAUCUGGACCCCGCUCCCGAGAGUCGCCUCCUUUCUCCCUGAGACUCGGACUCCGGGCCCCACAAAAGGUCGGAGCAGGGCUGGCCGCCGCUUCCUAGUUCUCCCCGGAGCAGCAGCCGACCGCUGCGCGCUAGGCGGCUGCUCAUCGGGGCAGCCGCCGACUCCUCCCUGCAUCUCGGACUCCCCGCGGCUCCGCGCCUUCCGGCGCCCCCGGUUCGGGCGGACUCACCACGGGAAUGGGCAGAGGGGACCGUGCUCUCCCGCGGGCACUUCGAGGAGGUGGCCUCUGUCGAGCUCCCGCGCUCAAGGCAGACCCUAGAGGAAGGCCAGCGGAUCGGGGCCCCCGGGACUGGAGGGCGCGGGACCCGGGCUAGAGGGUCUUCCUGUUUGGUGGGGGCCGGCCCUCCCAGCGCCCCGAGAGAGAGAAUAGUGCAGCUCCUCUUUGUGGGCCUGGGAGAAAGUGUCUCUGUGCCUGGGGUUGUGUCAGGCUCCACCGGAUGGGGGACCGAUCCCGCGUCCUGGUGGAGGCGGUAUCAGUGCCCUCCUCAGCGAGAGACAGGGCAGCGGUGGGGGCGCGGGGAUUUUUUUUUUUUUUUUUUGCACCGGUUCCCCUUGGUCUCCUCGGGGAGGGCAGCGCCAGCCUGGCGCUCUUCGGCUCCGUUCCUGUCACUUGCUCCCCGUCCCGCUCCCUUGGCCGCCCCAGCGUCGCCUUCGCCACUGUCUGGAGCCCUAGGCUGCUUGCUCCAGGCGGAGGCGGGUUGGGACCGCACCCUAGCAUCUGAGGUCCCCCAGCCCCUCCGAACUUAAGGGUCAGGUGCUUCUCGGACACUCGGGACCUACCGCUCCGGGACCCCAGUGCAGCGGCCCGGCUGUGACACCGUGUGUGUUUGGGGGUCCACGAUCGUGUUUCCCCGGCGCCCCAGAGCUGUAAGUGCCCCCUCCUUGCGCAGGGGCUGUGAGGUAGAAGCCAGGACUACAAGAGGCGCCCCCUUACCAGGGCGGUCUGAGGGUGUUCUGCUGAAAUGAGUCGGCAGUGGUGGCAGCAGGGAAUCCUGAGGGCCCGAAUUUAAGCGCGCCCCCACCUUCAGAUUUUUGGGCCUUUUUGGAGGAGACUCCUUGUUUCUUUCCUUCUUUGGUCACAGCCGCCCCUGGCACAGAGCUGCUUUAUGGGACUGAGCUGAGCUUGCCUAAUGGGGUGCCCCAAGUCCCGUGUCUGUUGGAGCGGUGGUUAGUCUGCCCCUCUGUCAGUCUAGCAGAAAGCCCUUGGUGAUGGUGGUGGGAGGAUUGUGUGUGUUUGUGUCCCAUCACAGUCCCUGCCCUCCUCCACUGUGGGGUUAAAGUGGGGCCCAGGUCUGGGAGGGGGCAGCCCAUGCCCACAGCCUGCUACUCAACCUCAUGUCCCUGGGCCAGCUCCUGGCGGAAGUGAAGGAUGUGCCAACUCCCAUUGCUUCACCCCAGGAUAUGCCCUCAGUUGGCACCAUCUCCCUGAUCCACAUGGGAUGCCUGGCCUCAGCUCUGGCUGUGCACCCUCAGCUCCUCCAGACCUGGGGGCUAGAAGGUAGGGGAACUUCCAUGAAAAGAAGAGGACCUGCAGAAGCUUUUCUGAGUGGCAGAAUUCCCACAGAGGAGUCUGGAGGGCUUAUCUCCUCUCCUGGGCAGGCCUUGCGGGCAUGUGGCAAGGACACUUGAAGAGAGCCUGGGUGCAGGGGAGAGUAGGGUCAGAGUCCUUGCCACUCUCCCAGGAACCCCAGAGAAUCACUUCCUGGAGGGUCUUUACAGCCCUUCCAGUUCUGUCCUUGGGGUGGGGUGGGAACCUUUGGGGAUGAUGCCUCUGAGCCUCCGCUCAGCCCCGGAUGGGAAUGCCACUUGUGAAUUAGGUGACCACUGUCUUUAUCUCCCCCAACUUUUGUGAUUAUAGCCAUCAACCUUGCCCUAUCUGUCAAAAUCUUCACACUUCUCAGGGACAAAUACCCAAAAGCUACCCCCUCCUGAGAGUUUAGUCAUUUCCAGGGCCAUUUUCAUUUAAUAGAGAUUGAGAGAAGAAGACAAGGCUUAACCCAAAGGAUUGUGAUACUGCUCUCGGGUGGGCCGGUGGGGGGGUGGGGGUGAUCAGGAGAGAGGUAUAUGGAAUAUUAGUGGAGGGCAGGCAGUGUGACCCACAGAACAGGUCCUGAGCCUGGCUGCUGGCUGGAAGGUUAUCUCACUUCUGCAGAGUGAUAGCCACCUUUGCCACCUGGAGAAGGCAUGGGGGAGCUGGUAUCUGGGCUCUGGCCCUGCUCACUGGGGCUGGCAGAGCUGCCAGCUGCCCACGCAGACCUGAGGGAGGUGGCUGAGAGGCUUCCCCGGGUGGGCAGCAGGCUGGAGCAGAGGGCACCAGCUUUCUGCUACUCCCACCCAGCCUGGUGCCGGCUCCUGGAAAGAGCAGGGAGACCUUGUUCCCGAGUCAACUCUGCCCUAGUUUGCAGGGACCAUCAAACUAUUAGAGAUCUCACUGCCUUUGGGCCUUGCCAGAAUGCAAGCUGCCUUUUCUGUUGCUGCUGGGAGCUCUGUUUCUUUCCUCGAUGUGCAGUUUCUGGCCUCUCUCUGUCUCCUGCUCUGCCUCUUCCACUGUCUCUCUGCUGCCUCCCAGCCCAACCCCAGGUUUAUAGCUCUGCAUUCUCAACUAGCUUCCUUUUCUCCACCAGUCCUGCAGUCAAGCUCUGGAGGCUUCUGCCUAGGUUACCCUUGCUCCUACCCAACUCAUUUCCCCUGCCUGAGCUUUGCUCCUGAAAGGGAGACGUAUAAACUGCACUUACUUGGGAAAGAUGAAGCCUGCUUGCAGCCCUGCCCACCAGCCUCCAGUCCACAGGCCAGAGACAGCCUCUUGCCCCCAAUCUGAAUUUCUCUUGGCUUCUUUUCAUUCUAGAAAACGAGCAGCACAAGGAUAGUAAAAAUCACCUUAAAUUAAAGCUGAUGAAAUCUUUUAUUAUUAACCAUACUGUUUAGCAAUCUCGUGGCAGCAAUGAGGCAUAAGUAUAUGUGUACACAGUGUAUUAAAUAAAUUGGGGAACCCAGGGCACAAUGACAUUGUUGGACCCUGUUCAAUUAAGGUAGAUGUUAUCUGCAGUAAUUGGGAUAUGACAGCCCAUAGAGCGAGCCCAGCCCGUGCCUUUUUGGCAGAGCCACGCUGAUGAGCAGACUUCAGUGUCUUGUUAAGCCUCCCUACUCUCUUGGAGAGGCACUGGCCACCUUUUGGCUAUGAUGAGGCCCCGGGAGAGCUCAGCUGGCUGCUCAUCCCAGGCUGGGACACCUACAUCAGGGCCACGUGGUUUGGGUCCUGCCCUCAUCCCAUCCCCCACACUCAACCCUCCCAGCCACCCCUCUGUUCCUCAGGGGGAUAGAAACCAGCCUCUGGAUCCCUUGGGGUGUGACUUCUAGCAAAAAUACCUCAUUGCUACAGGGUUAUUUUUAUUUGGUUUUGAUUUUCUUUUUCCUUUCUAGGGCCACACCUGUGGCAUAUGGAAUUUCUCAGGCUAAGGAUAGUAUUGAGGCUGCAGCUGCUGGCCUAUGUCACAGUCAUAGCAAUGCAGGAUCCAAGCCAUAUCUUCCAUCUUGCCAGAUCCUUAACCCAUGGAUACUAGUCAGGUUCUAACUCACUGAGCCACAAGGGAACUCCUAUUUUUAGACUAUUUUUAGACUUGAAUAUAGAAAUAAAGGCUAGAGACUUAACUUGGAUUCUUAAUUUUAUGGCUUAAGAUUGUUUCUCAUAUGUCACUGCCCCUUCUUUGUGCCUGGCCUCAUGCUGGCUUAGGAUUGGAAGUCUCACCCAUAACCAUGAUUCUGUUCCCGGCUGUGCAAGAGAGUAGAGGUUGGACAUCAGCUCGCUAAGCCAGUGGGCCCCAGCUUUCCAGGGCAGUGCCUGGGUUAAAGAGGGGAACAAAAGAGGAGAGAGGAAGAAGGAGCAUUAGCGGGAAGCCCACCAUAGCAACAGCUGCAGACAAAAACACCUGCUAUGCUGGAAGCAGCGAUGGCGGUGGCAAGUGGGGCAGCGGGUGGGAAGGAGAGGCCUAGGGGUCUGCAUAGAAAUCUCUGCUGGAAUGCCGCCUCCUCUGAGAAGUCUUCCCUGACUAUCUUUUUCUGAAAAAGCCUCUCUGGGUUAUUCCCUUUCUCUUUACCUGCUUCAUUUGUCUUAAUAUCCUCUUGAUCCCCUGAAGUGCCACCCAUCUCUGUUUAGACAUAUUAGUGGUUGAUUAAUGAGACGUUGGCUUCACAGGCCAGGUGUUCGUAUCUGUUUUUCUCCCAGUGUUUUCCCAGUGCCCAGAGCAGAGCCUGGCACACAGCAGGAGCUCAACACAGACUCGGAUGGCACAUUGAAUAACUGAAUGGUCAUAGGUUAUAUUCCAUGCCUGACUACACAAGGGGGUUGUAAGAAUUCAGCGCAAGGUCUGAGUCCACUCCAGGGACCUGGAAUGCUGCUGCAGACCCUCCAUCCCCUGCCCUGGGCUCCACACUGGGGAGGGUGGCUGUCAUGCUGGGUCUGGGCAGGGACCAGGGCCUUGUCUGGGUGCUUAUCGAGAAUUUCCUGUGCUCUGACCCUUGGGCUAGGGAUGAGGGUGGGAGGAUACAGAGAUGAGGGAGGUGCUGAACACACAGGCCCUUAACAUGCUGCUGGGCUCAUCAGUGCCAAAUAACAACACAGAGAAGCUUUAUGGCAUUAACUGUGGAGGAAGGAGAUAACAGGAACUGAAAUAAUCAGGGCAGGCUUCCUGGAGGAAGAAGCAUCUCACUUGCUCACUUGAAGGAUGAGCCUCGCGGGGAGAAGGAUGGAGAGAACCCAAGGAUGGGGGAGGCAAGGGCAAUUGGUUUCAAGUUUUAACCUUAGUUUCCAUUGGCAUUAAGCUCAGGAAUUAUUUCCUCCAUCCCUUCUUUCUUUCCACGUGUAUUUUUCAGUACCCACUACGUUCUCAGCACAGAACCAGUCCCUCUGAAGCAGGCCUUUGCUGCUUUGGUGGAACAGGGAGAAGAUGGCUUUUGAAGUGAGGUCUGGGGCGGGUUCCUGAUCAGGCUGGUGAGUAGGAGGAGUUCAAGGACCUGAAGGAGAGGGGGCACAGCACCCAGAACAUGGCUUAGGCUGGGCGAGUGCCUGGGAGCAGGGCUGCCCUUUCUAUUGAUAUAGAGAUAGAUGACCUGAGAGAGAAGCAUGGAAAGAGCCCGGGAAUCAUUUGUUCACUUCCACAGACCCUGAUGGGGGAGGCCAGGCUCUGUAGGCAGGGAUGCAGAGAUUUCGAGACGCGUAUGACGUGAUCCCCUCAAGCUGUGGUCCAGGUGGGGAGAGGGCUGUGCUUCCAGGCUCUGAUGGAGCUAAUUUGUCACCCUCCUUUCCCCACAGAACUGAGUCAUAUGGGUGAUUAAACUGUGGGCUUUGUCGCUGAUGUAGCUGGGAUGUAGCAGGCUUCCAAUUAUCUGCUUCCUGGGUUUAGCCCUUGUCCAUCUGGGAGGAGACUGUCCAGCAAACCGCAUGUCUGCCCAGCCAGUAAAGGUCCCCAGGGCCACAGGAGCGAUGGGGCCUCAGAGGUGGCCUGCAGUCCUGAGUCUUGGACCCACACUCCAAGGGGCAGUGCUCUCCAUUUGGGGAGUGGUGCUGCCAGCCCCUCCAUCAUGCAAACGUGAGAUGUGGGUGAUGAGGCUUCUAAACAGCUCAGGUGAUUCCAACCUGACUCAACUCAGGCACUCACCAUUGUCUGAAUUCUCAGAGCACCUGGGCUGGGCACAGCAGAGGCGAAGGUGAACAGAGAUGGAGAAGGUGCUGGAGGAAGAGCAAGAAAGCAGAGGGAGAGGGGCCUUCACAGGUCGGGAGCCCUGGCUCAGGAAGUUACUGGAGGAUGUGUCCCACCAAAGCAUGGAAGAAACCAAGAAAGAGAAUUGAUAUGAGAUCCAGCAAAUAAAGGAUCCAACAAAAGAACAACAACAAAAAAUAAUUCCAGAAUAAUAAUAAAAAGAAAACCUACAAGGAUAACUGUAUGUUAUGCAGACUGAAGUUGGAGAGCAGAGAACUCUAGGAAGGAUAUUGCCAAGAAAAAGUAAAAUUGAAAGUAACAGAUUACCUGAUCACUGACACUUUCAGUAAAAGAAUAUUUACACUUCUGCAGUUGAGGUUGAUAAUGAAGAAAUAAUAGGUCAAUAAAAAUAAGCAACUAAAAAAAGCAAGGCAGUUCUGAACUUCGGGGAAACCAAAAAGUUAUAAAAUUAGAAAAAUGUAAUCAUAGGCUAACCUUUGAUUAUUUACACAGUUAGAAAUAAUGUAAACACAUGAUAUUGAUUAAGCAGAAACUGGUAUCCUACGUUAGAAGGGGGAAAGGAAGAGUGUAUGGGAGGGGUAAGUGCUGAGGUGCUGGUUCUCCUCUUCCAAAGUAAAAUAUUAACAGGUUAAAAAGUGAAAUUUUUGAAGUCCUCUUGUGGCUCUUUGGUUAAGGAUCUGGUGCUGUCAUUGCAGCAGCUUGGGUCACUGCUGUGGCACAGGUUCGAUCCCUGGCCUGGGAAUUUUUGCAUGCUGUGGGUGCAGUCCAAAACAAAAAAAAAAUAAAAUAAAAAUUUCAAAAUAAACACAUACAUGCUAUUUACAAACAUGGAAGUAAAUACCAGAAGAAAUAACUGAAGAAUUGCAAGUGGUUGACUCAAGAGAGUGCUGGAGAAGAUGAAUGCCAAUGUUAGUCAUGAGCCUGUAGAACUCCAACUUUUUAUACUGUGUAUGUGUUAUUUUGACUUAAAGAAAUGGUUUCACACUUCCUACAAAGUUCACUCAAAAUACAUUUGCAGAUGGAAAUAGCAGUGAACACUGAGUAAAUGCCUCAUCCCUUGUGCUAAUGCUUUUAAUGUGAGCAUCCUUUAUUCUCCUUCAAAUUGAUGGAGAACCACACAGUGAUAGAGCUAAUCAUACUAAUUUAGAAGGCACUAUUUUUUUCCCCCAUUUUUGGUUGCAUCCACGGCAUUUGGAAGCUCCAGGGCCAGGGACUGAAUUCAGACAGCAACACCAGAUCCUUAAUCUACUGUGUGGGACCAGGACUGAACCCUUGCUGACACAGAGAAAACACCGGAUCCUUAACCCGCCACACUACAGCAGAAACUCCGAUAGGCACUUUUCCGUUUUCUAUAAGAAAGACAACUAGGAUUUUUCUGGGCUAAUUCACCAGUUUGAUUUUGCAACAUUUCAUUAUGUCACCAGGCAUUUAAAAAUACAUACAAAAUGACUGGGCUGCCCACAGUUAGCACUUACUAUUUAGGAGAUGCAUAGUCUGUGGAGGGUCAGGCUAACAAAGCUUUAGGUAGACAUUAAAUACCCAAGUAGCGAUAUGGAGCUCAGAAGUGGGAAAAUAGAGGUUCAGAAGCCAAUCAUGUAGCUGAAGCCACAGAUGUGGACUGAGAGAUCAGGCAGGAGCUAGAGGAACCUCAACAGGGAGGGAGGGUUUGUUUUUUAAGACAGAAAAGACUUAAACUGUCAAUUACUCCUACUAUUCCUGUAUUUUUAACUCUCUACCUAUGUCCUUCUUUCUAGAGGAAUUAGGGCCAGGGCGUCAGUAUUGGUUUGGGUGCCCACACAAGCUGCAGCUGUGUGUCUAUAAACAGUAGACAGGAUGUGUCACAGAUGGUACCAGCCAGUGAGAAGAUAUCGAAGUAUUCAAAGCAAGGUUUGCUCUUUUUUCAGUAGUUUGUAAAUAUUAUAUGUCAGUUAUUUUCUAAUAAAGAAAAUGUGGAUAAUACAUAUACUUUAACCACAAAGAAUUUUUAAAAUCUACAACAGAUUUAGUUAUUUCAAACACAAGUUUACGGUGAGACUUUGUUACAAAUUAUUCAAUAUGUGGCACACUCAAAAGUACUUUCCAUUAAAGAUACGCCAUAAAAGGUUUAACACUAUUUCAGAGCAAUGGUCCAUUCCUAAAAAACUACAUUUCUGUUGGAUGUUGUUAACCUCUUAUAUCUAAAUCAGUGAUUACAUCAAUAACGAAAUAUGCACAAUUUGCCUUUAGAAAUCACAUUUACUUAUUUUUAAACCUCACCAAGUUUGGGAAAUCCCAAAGGUUUUAGUGUUAUUUUUGAUUAAGAAGAGAGAAAAGUUCUCUUCUCAGGUAAUUAGCACCUACCCUUUGCUGAAUGCUUUAUACUCAUUUUCUCAUUUAGACUUUACCACAACCAUAUGAGGAAGUACUUCUCUAUCUGAGAAGGUCCAAAAGUGAUGGAGCUUCACUUUGAACAUAAACUUGUCUAAUUCUAAAACCCAUCAUUUUGUCACUACAUGCUACUUUCAUUAUAUGGUAUUUAAAACAAUUUUUAAAGGCAUCGUCUUGUGGCCCAGCAGGUGAAGUAUCUGACGUUGUCACUGUAGGGGCUUGGGUCUCUGCUGUGGCAAGGGAUCAGUCCCUGACCUGGAAACUUCCACAUGCCAUGGGUGUGGCCAAAAAAUAAAUUAAUUUUUAAAAAAGAUUCUGACUGCUCAAUGCAGUGUUACAGCUGCUACAACCCUCUACGAGCUGGAGCUUUCCUUCACAGACAUCUGUUACCCCCAGGCCAGAAAGAGAGGCUGCGACCAGCCAUCAUCUUAUGAAAACACUCAAACAGCCUGUGAAGACCACACUGUGGGAGGAAGAGUUGGUCUCUCACCAGCACUGGCACCCCCUGGCCAAGCACAUGCAUGAGCUACCUGGGACUUAGAUCCUCCAGCUCCAAGCCAGUCUUCAGAUGACUGCAACCUCGCAAGGGAUCCUGAGCCAGAACUGCCCGGCUCUGCCACUCUCGAAUACCUGCCGUGCAGGAACUAAAAGGAAAAGGAAUGUUGAUUUAAGUUCUGAUAUUCUUUUAUUAAAUAUACAAGUAAUUAAUUUCGAAUGUGGGCCACCUUUCCAAUCUUCUUGUCACCAACUCUUUUCCCUUUCCCAACAACAUGAAGAAUACUCUGGCUACAAGGAUAUACUCAGUUUUUCUGAAGGGAGAUGGGGGUGGGAGACGGGUGCAGGGAAGAAAAAUGGAGAGAGAAAGAAAGGAAGAAAAGAAAAACAAGUCUUGCAAGUCCUUCUUUCGUCACCACUGUGAUGUCCUCUUUUCCCUUUUUGUCUCUGCUUCAUCUAAAACAUAUCCCAUCCUUUUUAUUACUUUCCAUCUUGGUUAUUACUACUCUACUAUUCUAGUUAAGCCACCAUCUUAUCUUCCUUGCCUGGAGAUUUCAAUAGCUUUUUUUUUUUUUGGUCUUUUUUUGUCUUUUCAGGGCUGCACCCGUGGCAUGUGGAAGU